AUGAAGCCACGGCCCAUAAUAUCGACAUGGGUCUCGCGCGGGCGGCCAAUUGCUCUAUUUACAAAGCAUCAGCGUCUAAGGAACAUGCACUCGAGAGCUCUCGCUUCCGCACUGAGCUGCCAUAAAUGGCACGAUACUUCGCGGCGCACAUGUCAGGCGUAUAACUCGCUCAAUGCCACAACGUACCGCCAUGCCUCCACAAAGACAGCAUCAUCGCAGAAACGCAAACCGGAUGCGCGUACUCCUUCACCAUCCUCUACAAAUCGUUCUACCCCCUCGAAAUCACAUACACCGAAACCCAACGCCGCAAAUGUCCGACCCUGGAGAACCACAAGCAUAGCCUUUCAGGAGGCAAAGGAGCGUGUCAACCCCCCAGACUUCACCUACGCCCCACCCAUCGACGUCCCCGCGCGCAAGCCAGACCAAGGCACAUUCAAAUACUACUACAGCGUCGCCCGCGCCUACCUCUCCUUUUACAAGACCGGCGUCUCCCAUGUGCGCCAAACGCUACGGUAUGCCAAAACACUGCGCAAAAAAGUCGCGGAAGCGGCCAAACAGCACGCCAACGAACCGAGCACGAAGGUAUUGUCGCGCGCCGAGUGGCAGGUCCUGCGACGCAGUGGACGGGAUCGACUGCGGCUGCCUGCGUUUGGCGUGCUGUUAUUCUUCCUGGGCGAGUGGUUGCCCGUCUUGGUGAUUUACAUGACCCCGCUGGUUCCAGAGGCGUGUCGGAUUCCGCAGCAGGUGUUGCGGACUCGCAAGGCGAUUGAGAAGCGUAGGGAGCAGAGGCUCCGGGUCGUGGAGCUCAAGUAUCAGCGUCUGCUUUCUUCUGGAAAGCACAUGACUAUGGCGCGGGAAGCGUCCAUCAAAUGGGAGCGCAUGUCGGCGCUGUUUGAUUGCCACGCGAGGGUUUGGGAUUGGGUGUUUGGGCCGCCGCAGUGGGUGCUUGCGCUUGGUGUGGACCGGAAAAUGCAGUACCUGAGGACGGAUGAUGGGUUGAUUGCUCGGGAUGGGGGCUGGCCUGCUUUGAAUAAAGAAGAGGUCGAAAGGGCGUGUAUAGAUCGGGGCUUCCCUGUUCUGGGCAAGGAGGAGGCCGAGUUGAGAGGCAUGUUGGCAGGCUGGAAGGGUAUCCCAGGCAAGGCGAGCGUGUAG